AUGGCUGCUUCUCGAUCUACUCGUGUCACAAGAUCAACAGUAGGGUUAAAUGGUUUGGAUGAAAAUUUUUGUGGCCGAACUUUAAGAAAUCGUAGCAUCGCUCAUCCAGAGGAAGUUUCUUCUCUUCCACAAGUAAGAUCAAGAUCACCAAAGAAGAAACCAGAAUCUCUGCAGACUCAAAAGGGAAAUAACAGUGCACGAAGUAACGAUGUGAAACAGCAAAGUUCUAGGGAAUCAUGGGUAAGCCCUCGAAAGAGGGGACUAUCAGCUUCAGAAAAGGAUAGUGUUGAGAAACAAAUUGUGGACAAUUGUGAGAAGAAACAAGGGGAACCUCAUUCACCAGUUUUAAAGCGAGUUAAGCGCUGCCUGCGUUCAGAGGGACAAAACAGUUCAGAAGAAGUGUUGUCCUCUAAAACAGGGAAGGAACGAUUGGAACGCAAGAGUUCAGUACCAGACAAUGCUGCAGUCACUCCAGGAGCUAAACGAGCUUGUCGAUGUCUUAUAUUGGACGAUAGUGAUAAAAGGGAAGUUAAAAAAGUGAAUGCUUGUGCAGAAAAAAUUAACAGUUUCUCAGUAUCCGAAGAACUUGCAGGUUGUCAGACUGUCAAUGGAGUUGAUGGGAGAGGUCCAAAUGCUGCAAAGUGUGACAACUGUCAGCCUGAUGGGACUACUGCACAAAACAAUGUUGUUUCCUGUUCAUCUAAGGAAAAAGAUGUUGCAGAAAAUGGAAAUGCAUUGGCCCACUCAUCAUUUUUUCUCAACAGAAAUAAAGAGGACAGUUUUGUUGACCACAGUGUGCCUUGCACAAAUUCACAAGAACAGUUAACAUUAGAGGACCACAAACAAUUAAACAACUGUUUGCCUGAGGAAACUACUAAUCAGGCACAUGAGUCAGGUACGGGUACGGGGUCCUCUUCUGAAAUCCAGUCACCUUUAUUAAGGGAUUCUGAGGAGGAAGUAGACGUGGUGGGUGAUAGCAGUGCCUCAAAAGAACAGUCUGAAAAAACCAACAGCAACCUGGGCAAUUGUCAUGACAGUACAUCAGUCUCAGGUGAACCUGAACCAUCAGUUUCUGUUUUGGACUGUGUUUCCACUCAAAUUGCAUCUGUGUCAGAACCUCAAGAACACAGAUACACACUGAGAACAUCACCAUGGAGGGUGGGCACAGCAAAAGGUAGCCCUACUAAACAUAACUCUCCAUGUAGAGAAAAUGGACAGCUUGAGGAGAACAAUCACAGUGCCGCUGAAACGAAUGUAGAAUCAAGUAUUACCAAUAUCAAUGGGUCUUCUGUAAACACAGAUACUGUUCUGAAUGAGAAAGAGAGAAGUUGCGAUUCCGGGGAAUAUAUAGAUGAAGGACUAAGUAAACCACCCCCAGAGGCUAGACUUGUUACUGGAUCCCUACCAUCUGCCAAAGAGAGUGCCAACCUUCAUGCUGUAGAAGAGGAAGAGGAAGAGCCUGAUGUGUAUUUCUUUGAAUCAGAUCAUGUGGCAUUGAAACACAACAAAGAGUAUGUGUAACUAUGGUAACCAUGGAUUCUGCUUUUUGUUUGUUAUUCAAGCCCCUAGUUUUUCAAAUACUAUUACAUCUGCCUUAGUGUAAUUUUAUUUAAAUAAUAGUUUUCUUUAGAAUACACUUGAAUUCUGCAAGAACUAUGAUUUAAGUAUAUUAUUUUAGUGUGAGAAUAUAGCAGGAAGUUGACUUUAAGGCUGCAAUCUUAUAUCUAUCUAGAAGCAAGCCACAUUGAACUCAAUGGGUCUUAUUGCUGAGUAGACAUGUAUAGAAUUGCAGUGUAAAACUUCAUUGUUUUUGAAAGCUAAUUCAGAAUUAGAAUUUUACAUUUCAGGUUUUAUUGCAACAUUUGAGUGAAAAUUUUUAUUAGUAUGCUAAAUACAGUGUAGUCUGUAGAAUAGUGAUAUUAGUGUACAUAGCAGAGUGUAUAAAUUGUCAGUGAGUUAUGGCAGUUACAUAGCAUUGCAAAAGAGAUUAAUUUAUAUAAGCUUCAAAUUAAUUAACCUGGUUUACGUUUACUGUGUAGCAGUUUCUAAACUUACUCUAAAACUGUCAUCUGUAAAAUCUAGUAAUGUUGCAUGGAAUUCAGCAUUGUGAAUUUCAGUUUGCACAGAUGAAACAAUCCCUUCUCUCCUCUCCCUGUGCGCUGUUGGCGUUCUUCGACUUCCACAAGUCAAUUUUGGGAUGCAUGCAAGCGGAAGUCCCCAUUUGUGCAAGCAGAAGUUCUGCUGAUCAGGCUUCUUAUAUGAAUCCCUCUCAUAAUAAAAUCAUAUGGUUCAUCAAUUAGGUUUAAUACAUUAUUAGCUGUAUAAAUAUAUUGCUUGUCAUUUUGACAGGUGGAGGUUGGGAAGGUUUGUGAACUGCAUAUAACCUUCAAGGUAUAUAGAUAGUGCUUUUCCAUGUGAAUCCUCAACAGCUAAACAUCCAACAGUGAAUUAUUCUUAACCGCCCCCCUGCCCACAUUUGGCCUUUGCUGGGUACAGGAGGCUGAUGAAGUAGCAAAGUUGAUGAAGUAGCAAAGUGUGGUAGGCUUUGUGGUCUAGAUCAGUAGUGGUUUAGACAGUUGGUGUGGGCUGGGAGAGAGAAGUUCAGCUUCUGGAUCUUAAAUGAUAGUCCCUGUAUAAUGGAAUAGUCAAAUAUGUAAAUAACCCAAGACCUUGUUUAUGCAACAAGAAAUAUUAAGUUACUUUGAAUUAAUAUGUACUUUUGAGAUUUGGAGUAUGUUAAGAAUGUCUUCCUAUUCUUGGAGUUAAACAUUUUGUCACUGUUUAUUUAGUUGCAUUCUGGGUACCGAAUAGCUAAAGUAUUAAAGGCCAGUUAAAAGGCUAAUUUUCUGAUGAACAGAGAAACAUGAUAAUUUUCUAGCAAUAAAUAUGGUUUUGUACAUUCAGUUGUAACUUUGGACAUUGUGACGCAGAAGUAGCAGAUGAUUGUCUUUCAUCUCUGGGAUCAGUGACUGUACUAUUACUUUUGGAGUCACAUCACUUAAAAUGGAUGUUUUUACUGCUGGAAUUAGAUAAUGUGCUUUGAAUAAAAGCAAUUGGGUUAGAAUAGUGUUUUUUCCCUGUUAACAUUUUGUGGAAAUAACUGCAAUAACAACAAUUGACUGCAGUUUAUUUUCCUCAUAAGAAUUUGAAACAUAUUCACAGCUUGACCUUGUUUUUAAGUUACGUUUUCUGUAAAUGGAUGUUUCCCCACUGUGAUCUUUUCUCAGUGAAUGCAUAAUUUUGAAACGGAAAUGAACUGCUGGAAGUCAGAUGUGGACUGAAAGGCCAUAUCAAACCUUGUUUGUGUGCUAGAGAUGUUUUAGUGGUUAACAGUUGUUGACAAAGUGAAGUUGGAUUUAUGUUUAUUUUUUAAAAGAACAGUGUUGCACCUUACAAAAAACUUUAGUUUUUGUUUGGCACAUGUUCAGUCAACGGAUAAAAGUUGAAUAUUUGUUCCAAGCCAAAAGCAUUGCCUUUGGUGAAGCUGGUACUUGUAUAUCUGAUGAUUGUGCUGUCACCAAGGGAUUUGUGUGUUUACCUUUUUUGUUGAUUUUUUUUUUUUUAAAUAUCCCACUUUCCUCCCAGACUGGGAUUGAAGGUGGUUUACACAAAUUAAAGCAACACAGAAAAAAAAUAUACCGGUAGAAAGCUAAAAAUAUAUAAAAGAUAAUAGUUAUCCCCCCGGUCUCCCAGAACAUGCAGAGAAAUGAAGAGGGCACGGCAAAGAGAGACAAGUUGACAAAGCUUUAGGAUGCUGGGGAAGUAACCAGUGGAGGAGCCUAGGGAGCAAUGGGAAGGUGGGGACCUUUAGUCCUUGCAACUGCCUCAUUGGGGCAAGGCCUCUUGGGCAGAGUAGCUGUGAUCACUAGGCCUGUGCUGUUUUGGUUUAUUUGAAUAAGGAGCUAACUUUACUGACACCAGGUGGUUUAUUGCUGACCUAACCCUUACUCCAGCUACUUUGAAUUGUGUCCGAAAACAGACGAGUGCCUGGAAGUAGUCAGUGGAGUUAUUAUAACAAGGGAAUCAUAUGUUCCCUAUAACUGGCCCCUGUUAACCACCUGGCUGCAGCUCUUUGGGCCAGUUUGAGUUUAUGAGCACUUUUCAAAGGCAGCCCCACGUAGAUUGUGCUACAGUAAUGCAAACAUGAUGUAAAUAAGGUGUGUGUCUUACUGUGGCCAGAUCAGACAUCUGCAGGAGUGGGUGCACCUGGUGCACUAGCUUUAACCAUGCAAAUGCACUUCUGGCCACCUGGGCAUCCAGGCUCAGGACUGAAUCCAGAAGCACACCCACACUGUGAACCUUAGUUUUCAAGGGCAGUGUUACUCCAUCCAGUACAGGCUGAAUCCAUAUUCACUGUUCUGGCUUCCGACUGAUCACGCGUACCUCUGUCUUGUCUGGAUUAAGUUCCAUUACUGAUGGCACACCAGUUUAUAACUGAGACAGUUUAGAACAGUGUCUCCAAAUCCCAUCCCAUUAAGGUGGUCCAGGAGGGUCCAGCAGAACCAACCGGGACAUACACUGGGAAUUGGACAAGGGAAGUAUGUCAAAAGCCGCCUCUGUCCUAUAACUAGGCCUAAAACCAGAUUGAAUUUGAUCUAGGUAUUCCAUCUCAUCCAGAAACCCCUGGAGCCUGAGAUGCCAGUAUACACCCUAGUACCUUGCCCAGAAAUGGGAUAUUGUUGAAUUGUUUGAAUGGUUGGAUAAAUGGUAGCUGCUGCUUUUUAUAAUGUUUCAUAGAUACAUAUAGAUUAUUAUCUCAUAGUCAUCUCAGCAGGCACCUUUUAUUUUAGCCUUUAAACAUUUGCUGAAAACUUUUCUAUGUCACUAGGCUUAGGAAGACCAUUAAGAAUAUAUCUUUUGUAAUAGCUGAUUAUCUGUGAUUUUAAAUUUUUAUAUGGUUUUUAUUGUAUAGAUAUAAUUGUUGUAAACUGCUUUGAUAUUUUUUAAUGAAAUCAUUAUAGAAGUAUUUUUUAUACAUAAAUAAUUUUUGGAAUAUUUUGGUUACAACAGCUCUGGCUGCUCUGUAGAAGGCAAAAAGAAUAAAAUGUGUGUACUUUUUAUGGCCAAAUCCUUUUUUUCUGAUUUUAUUUCCUCUAGAUGGAAAAAAGAUCCUUCUUUUUUUUUUUUGGUAAAAAUAACUUUGUGUGUGUAUGUGUGUGUGUGUGAAGAAUAGCAAAUUGAAGAAGACUUGUUAAUUCAUUUCAUUCUUGGAUUAAUUUCAAAGAUUCCCCCUCCCAAUAACCCCAACUCUAGAACCAAUUGUGUGUGCCAGAAUUCACUUUGAAACACAUGAAGUAAUAAAAAGGAUAAUGGUUUUAAACAUGUUCAGAGUACUUUGUUUCUCGUCAGUUAAUGAACAAAAUGCAAUAACAGAACUAAAUAAUUUGGGAGGGCAGGAUUCUCAGUUUGGGCCUAAUGAAGCCAAUCUUCUCAUAGGCAAAAAGCUUUGGAAUAAGUUAUCUAUCAUGUGACUAAUAAUUACUGAUUCUUAUUCCACUUGUCUACUAAAAGUUCCCAAAGGCAAGUCCAACUUAGUUUGCCGUUAAACUGUUAAAAGACUAGAAUAGCAAAUAUCUCAUAAAAUAUGUUUCCUUGAUCAGCGGCCUGGUUUGGAUGGUUAUAUCUGCUCUCUAUAUUCUGAAUCAUCCUCUAAAUUUCUUUCAGAGAGACCACUACACCUGGAAUUGAGCUCUGCUCUUCACCAGCUCAUAUAACUUUUAAACACCUUUUCCAGUUGUUCCUGUUUACAAGUGCUGGUGCUGGAGUGGAGCAUUAUUCCAGGGUUUGGGUCUAAAUACCCACCUUCCUCCUGAGCAAAACUGACAGAAUCACACCUGGACUUGAGCUCUGCUCCCAACCCAGCCUAGCCCAAUUUGCAAUGUCUCUUCAAUAGACAUGCAUUUAACAGGGUUAUUUUUCCGAUAACCAGUAAUGAUUGUCUGGAAAAUACUGGAACUGAUAUAUAUUUACUAAAUUUUGAAAACCGACUGCAGACAGAAUGUUCUUGGUUUUCUAACUAUGGUAUGGCUUCUACAUACCUUUACCACUUGUGUGCAACUUCCCCUCACUUCUCUUUUCAGAAUUACGUCUAUACUGGUGUUAAUUCUAACAUCCCACUUCUAAUCAUGUGUAUGCUUUUAUCUCUUGUUUUGAGCUCUCCAUGGUUGCUAUUAUCAUGAAUGCAACCUGAAACUGCACUAUAGUCAUAUCUGAAAAGGGAAUGAGGGAAGGGAUUUUGGUGUGAAAGAAGAUGGUGUGAGAAGUGAAUGAGCCUACUGGGAGCUUUCAGUCUCACAAACAUGGUAAAGGGAUCAGGAACACUAUGUCUGUCCUGGUACCAGUGGUUUAUCAUCCUCUUAAAAUGCUCCACAAAUUAUAUUUUCUGUUUUACCUUGCUGUCGUUGCUUAUUGUUCUCCAGUCUGGGUUUUAAAGUGUGUUAAAUAAAUAAUUAGUGUAUACACAAUUAAUAAUGUGAUUCCACAGCAGGAAACAAAAUAAUUGUUUGAAAUAGCAGAAUCAAUUAAAAAAUAAUGAAACAUUUCCCUUGAGAUACAGGACGUGCCUUGUAUAAACUUUUGCAGGAAGUUCAUGACUCUUAUGUUCUAAGUAAGCCACCUCUGUGCUUUAUCAGAACAAAAACUAAAUCUGUCACAUUAGCCUGUUAGUAUAUUACAAAAGAUGCUAUGUUUGUUCCAUUUUAAAUUUAUAAUACGCUUGGUCUCAUCAUAAGAAUAAAAAUAGACAUUCAUAUGUUGCAUUUUCAAAACAGGUUAUACUCUAACUUCUGAUUUAUGAAGUAUGAAUAUUUUAACAGUAUAGAGUCUUAUCUGAGCGCCGCACCCCAUAAUCGCCUUUGACUGGACUUAACUGUCCAGAGGUACUUUACCUUUUACCUUUACUCUGUUAGUUAAUGUUGAAUAAGGAGAAUCUUAUUUUUCUUGACUAGAGAAGCAGAGGUUUAUAAAAAUGGGCAUUCAGUUCUGCCAUUGAUAGAUUAACUUCAUACUGUCAGUAUGAAGAAAAUUUUUGAAACAUUUACUUGUUGGAGAUAGUGUUUAGCUUUCUUUUUAUGGGUUUUUCAUCUAUCAUCUGUUAUCAUGAUGAUACAGAAAAAAGACUUAUUUAAAUGUCCUGUUGUGAUAUUUCCCUACAUAAAUUAUGAAUCAGAAAGUGAAGCAUAGAAUUCAGUUGUUGUGCUGCUGAUAAUAUAGGAGUAGUUUUAUGAGUCCAUGCAAUUUCAUAGCAGUCCUUACAUAUGUAUGGUUCUUUUUUGGUGUUGGCAGGAUUUUGAUUCUCGUAAGAAAAAAGGCAGUUGUAAUGAGUUAUGUAUUUUGUAUUUUAAACUUCGUUUCAGUUGCAUUAGUAUUUAAUUGUUAUGCGAGCCACCUGUGGCAGAUGCGUGGUGGAAUGGCAUAAUAUAUAUGUAUUCAAAAUAAUGUUUUGAGAUUAAGUUUGUUAGCUUUUGUGUUGGCAAAAAAGUUAAUUGUCUUACAGUUGUAAGAUUGGAAACGUUGCCUAGGGUGAAAAAAGAAUUUUAUUUAGAAUACUAAUGAGGUUACUAGUAUUCAAUACUUACCAUAUGAUUGUGUGAAUGUAUAUUUGGGGUGGAUCCAGAGAUAUACCCGUGGGUGAGGUGGAAAGUGACUUUUCCACCCCAUCCUCUCCCAGACAGUCUUCUGAAAAGGCUUCUCAAUUCCUCUGCUGAAUGGGGUUGGAUGUGGUAUGGGAGACGAAGGGGAAAGAUUGUGGAAAAUCUCUACUCACAGAGAUGCUUUCACACUUUUCUUCAAUCUUCCUCUUCUGCCACACCACAUUGGGGAUCACUUAGGGGUUCUCCAUAUGUGGUAGCCACUUCAGGGGGACCUCUAAUUUUUUGUUAACCUCAAUGGUUCAUCAACCAGCAGGCAGGCAGGUUGAUCUUUGCAAUACAUGCCCAAUGCCUACGCUGAACCAGUUGCAUCUGUAACCAUUAAAGUUGUGGCCUAAUUUGAAUCCAGCAUGUGUUUCCUGUUCCCUUUCUUUUGUCUGUGCACUCCACCUCUGCCUCACUGUGCCUGGGCCCACAAAACAGUAGACAGCAGUGUAAGAACAUUUUAAAGGAAGCACUGUGGCAAUAAAUAGUUCAGGAGUCCCCUAGCUCAUGUAUGAGUGCCUACUGGGUAUGUAGCCUUGUGCUUCUGUGUAGAUUCAGCGUCUUCUUUGGCUCUAGGAAGUAAACACAUUUUCUAUCUGUCCUUGGGGCAAUCUGAAAUUAUUAGUAUAAUGAAAAUGACUAAUUAUAAACAGAUUUUAAUUAUUUGGACUGACGGAUUGCUUUGUAAAAAUAAAGUGGCAUGAUAGACCGCUUAACCCAUAGCAGCUUAAAUAUAAAUCGCAUAAAAUAGUUUAUUGAACUAAGUCAGCUGAGAAACUAAUUCUUCUACUGCAAACUAUGUCGGAAUUUUGACUGUAAAAAAAGGACUAUAUGAUCUUUCAAAUAUUUAGAAGGCAAAGACUUAAAAAUGCAAAACAUAUGUGAAAUCUUUACUAGUUCAUUUCAUGGGUUGUUAGACCUGAGAACUGUGGUAUUGCUCAUAACAAGCAAUCAUAGAAGUCGGUAUUACUUCUAAGAUUGCUUUCAGAAUCCCUGUGUGCAAAUAUUAGUGAGUAACUAAUCAAUGUGCAUGUAGAGAGGCUGUGCAUGAAUUCCCAUAUAGACCUUGUCAGACAGUAGUUUCCAUAAGGAUUGGACCUCAUAUGGAAAUCCAGAACUGGCUAUUUUUUGCGUUCUUUUCUUAGUCCCCUCUUCUCAUUCUUCUGUGUCCAAUGUGAUAAUGAGGCAUAUCCUACAUUCAGACAACUUCAGGAUCUCCCAUUAGUGAUUCACUUUUUCCUUUCCUGUUGACUGCUCUCGCUAUGGAAGGAAGUGAAUGCCUAUACUAGGAAUUCAUCCAGUUAUUUAAAUUAACUACCCUUGGCAAAGACUUGCCCAGUAGCUUGUCUGGGAAAGCCAUUCAAAUGCCAGCAUAUUUCUUCUCACAUGAGAUGGAAAUCAAAUUGUUGCAUAAAACAUUUCUAGCUGGACGCACUUCAUGUUUAUCUAGCUACAAUGAACACACUAAGAUUCCUGAGUAUUCAGCCUAAGAUGUAAAUAUAUUGAUUUUUUUUUCCAAUAGUAAUGGGAAAAUAUUCCAAUUUUGCACCAUUAGGUAUGUAUUCCUUGUUGGGUUUGUUUUAUCAUAUGCUUAGACAGUUAUGUAUAGGAACAAUUAUGCACAUUUAAGUUUCUUUUCCUGUUGCUUCAGUGUCAUAAUUAUUCAGGCCCGCCCACACAGGAGUUGUAUAUGUUUGUAUAAACUAUAAAAAGCAGCUACCCUCUGUGAAUAUGUAUUUGCAAGGCUUGUUGUCUAACAUAUUGUUAGAAAAACAUUUAUCCUGUUGGGAUUUGUGCCUAUUAAGCCAGUUAAGUACUGCUUUUAUUAAUGUGCUUAAUAGUAUCGCUAAGCAAAAACAAUGCUUUCCUUCUGCUAAAAAUAAAUAAAUCCUGUGAACAUGUAUGAACUCCUAAGAUGUCAAUGCCAAAGAAUUAUUCUUUCUGUGAGACAGCAGUGUAAGCAAGAACUCAUUAUUUAUGCUUUAGGAAAAUAAUAAUAAUAAUAAUAAUAAUUUAUUUAUACCCUGCCCAUCUGGCUGGGUUUCCCCAGCCACUCUGGGCGGCUUCCAACAAAAUAUUAAAAAUACAAUAAAACAUCAAACAUUUAAAACUUUCCUAAAUAGGGCUGCCUUCAGAUGUCUUCUAAAAGUCAGAUAGUUGUUUAUUUCCUUGACAUCUGAUGGGAGGGCAUUCCACAGGGCAGGCGCCACUACCAAGAAGGCCCUCUGCCUGGUUCCCUGUAACCUCACUUCUCGCAGUGAGGGAACCGCCAGAAGGUCCUCGGAGUUGGACCUCAGUGUCCGGGCUGACACAUGUCAGAACUCUGCAUUUGUGUGGGUGUGAACACAUACACUCACAAUAAUACUGAAGAUAUAAACCAUUAAUGAUGCAGAUAGGAAGGAACUUGAGGCAUGUCUUUGGUAAGACAAAGCAAAAGAAAUAAGAUAUAAUAGCUUUCAGUAUAAAUAAGAUAUCAACAUGAAUUGCAUCACUGAAAAGUGAACUAUACCAUCCAUGCAAAUGUGUAUAACAGAGCCUUGGCUCUGUCCUGAGGCUGCUUUAUCAUUAAAAGAAACACAAACAGUGGACUGAGACCUGCAGUAGACCUUGGACCGCUUUCAGAUGGGGCUCAGUCCACAGCCUGCCCAGUGCCUGCUCACUUAGUCUGCCUCACCCCCUAGCUAUGCCAAAACCUUUUGCCAGGCAAGGUUUUGUGGUAUAUUUGUGGUAGUUGGGGAAAAUUAACUUUGAUUAACCUCAUUGACUACAAUAGAUAGAUCGAUAGAUCGAUAGAUACUUAGAUACUUCCUUUAUCCAGGUAUCAGGGUGAUACUAGUCUAGUAUGUUGGAACCAUAUUUAUAGUGGUAGGUAGAAAUAUACUGUGCAGCAAGAAGAAAAAGUCAUUGUUUUGUGGCUUACUCAGCAUCCAGGUUUUUUAUACUUGUUAUGUGUUUUUGCUGACAUUUCUAUAAAGCAGUCAAUCCUACCACUAUUUCAGAUUAAAAGAACUUCUGAUACACAUUCUAUUGGUGCACUUAAAAAAUUACUUUUAAUAUAUGCAGUCCUGUUUAAAAUAAUAUGCUUUGUUUGAGUCUUUCAGAUAAGUGUGCUGGGUGCUGAGGUUUUGGGGUUUCCCCCCUCCUUUUCUUUGGUUAUUGUGCAUAGAAAUCUGUAGUGAGUUGUUUCCCUUUGUCUCUGUAGUUAUCAGAGACUGUUACAGACGAUUGCGGUACUCGAGGCUCAGCGCACUCAAGCAGUUCAAGAUCUUGAGAGUUUAGGCAGACACCAGAGAGAAGCGCUGAAAGAUCCCAUUGGAUUUGUGGAAAGUCUCCAAAAGAAGGUAUUGCAGUGGGAAUUUUUAAGCACCCCUGAGAGAUGUUUGAUAACGAAUAAUUCAUCUCCUGCAGACAAGUGCGUGUAAAUGGUAGAAUUAGGGGAAAACAUGGUCUUUCUAUAAGACACAGGCAAUUAGAGCUUAUUGAGUCUGUUACCUUCUCAACUACAUUGUUUGUUCAAAACUGUGUUUGUGAAGAUUUUGUAAUGAGGUUGUAAUGUUGGUUGAGGGCCUGUCAGAUCUAAUAGGUAAGGGCAAGAGUUUCCAUUCUUUUUCCCUUGUCUUUUCCCAAAUUCGCCACUUGGGGCUGGUUCUUCUGAUUCAGGGCCUCCCAUGCACUCAGGUAGUCGAGGUAUGAAGUGGUUCUCCAUACUGUGCCCAACUCCCAAUUUGUUUGGCAGUUUCAAUUAAGCUGUCUAUAAAAGCCACCACUCUCCAUAACUGAGGGGCAGAGGCAGCCAUUUCUCCUGACUUUAUACCUCCUUUAACCAUCAGUGACAUGUUCAGUGGCCUCCAUAUCCUUUCAUGCUUUAGACAGUGCCAAUGCUUGUUGUUGUUGGGUUUUUUAAUGGCCCCUUAACAUCCCAGGUACAAUUCACCCAGGGGUGACACUGAAACAUUGUGGUAGAAAAUGGAGUUUAUGCCCUCUCCCACAUCCAUGUCCCUCUCCAGAUAGCUUUCAGUGUAAACUGAGCCCUUCACUCCUGAUCUUACGAAGCCCUCUUACAGCCUGGGCACACUAAGGUCAAAAAGCGUAGGAGGCCAGAGGCAUGUUUGCUGGCCCUCAUUCCUCUACUCUUGACCUUGUGUUUAGCACACUGAUCUGCAGUGAACUUGCAGAAAUGUUCAGCUGAAUGUGCUUAGAAGCCUUCCCCCAACCAGGAACUCGAUAUUAUCAGGGUUCCCGAUUGUAAGGUUCCUGAAUGGAAGCCCCUUACAGACUUCUGUGCUAAAGGCUAAAAAAGACGAUUGUGGUGGGAAUGGGUACUCUUGACAUGGUUCAGGAUUUUGGGGUAAUGGUUGGUGCAGACCCCUAGUCUCUUCCUCCUCCCCUUGCCUUCACAUAUUUAGACUGAACAUUUGAAGAAGGCUUCUCUUCUUCAGAAGAGAAAAACAACAUCUCCAUGUGACCAGGUAUUCAUGCAUAGGAUUUGGCUCACACUGAAAGCUGUCUGCAGGUGGGGAAUAGGUUGCAUGCUCACACUAAUGUCCCACCACACUGUUUUAGGGUCAUUUGCCACCCCUAGUUGAAUGUAUGCUGCAGCUUUGUAAUUCCUCCUGCUUGUCAUUGACAGUUAAUUUACUUCUGAUUUUGCAGAGAAAGUUUAGAUGUCCUAGCAAAGAGAACUAGCAAUUGAGCUGUAUGAUGCAGUCAUGAGAAAGCAGAAGUAUCUGUUUCAGGCCAGUCUGUAGAUGUUUUUGUGGAACAUACUGCCAUUGAUUACAAUUGAAUUAUUAAGGGAAGAGCAUAUAGUGAGUGAGUUGUAGAGGGAAAUAUCCACACACAUUCUGAAGUUGUUUUUGACCAACUGUGGUAUGUUCUUUGAUUUAUAUUUCCUGGUCUCCUCCCUGUCUCUCUUAAUAUGCUAUACUUGCGCACAGACUAAAAUUUGAUGGGAAAUCAUGCUUUCUAUUUAGCUAACAAAAGACAGUAAGAGGAGAUGACUGUCACUGUUUUAAACAUGAACUCCAACAAGCCAUCAUUUCCCAUUCCCCUACAUAUUUUAUACACUUUCCUGUGUAUUACUGUUGGACAAGUUCCUUUUAAAAUGUGGAAAUACAGUAAAACAUGGCUUACUUUAAAACAGGCUCAUAUUAGUUUCAUAUUGCAUCAUUUGAAAGUGUGCUUUGUGUGUAUUUGUGAACUCUUUUCUUCUUAAUUUUGACUUUUUCAGGUUGACGUAGGGCUUCCAUAUCCACAGAGAGUUGUUCAGCUGCCAGAUAUAUCCUGGGACCAAUAUACUACAAGCCUUGGGAAUUUUGAAAGAGAAUUCAAAAACCGAAAGCGUAACAGUAGACGAGCAAAACUUAUUUUUGAUAAAGGUAAGUAAAUAACUAUGUCAUGGUGGUGGGGCACUCUAAUGCUCUUUAAUAAUUAUUUUCUAUUAUUUUCAGUAGGUUUACCUGUAAGACCAAAAAGCCCUUUGGAUCUCAGAAAGGAUGGAGAGGCCACUUCAUACUCUGUAUUGCCUUUCAGUGAUUGUCCAGAAGCUUCAGCAAACAACCGUCCGCAGGUAAAUACUACCAAAAAUAAGACAGAAGCUAUUUUCAGGAUUUUAUAAAACUGCAUUUUCGAUAGUUAUAAUGAAUUCAAAGGCACCAGUUUCAAAUACCUGCCCAUUGAGAAUAUUUAUUUUAAUGUGAAAAAUUAGAUGAUUUGCUUAGUCAUUCAUUGAGUAAACUGGUUUUGUUUGAAUAAAAUCCAGUUAAAUGAACUUCUCUAAAGUCUUGUCCCAUGUUAUGUACUGUAUUUAAGCAGAUGAUAAGAGGGCGACUUUGUGAUGAGACCAAACCUGAAACUUUUAAUCAGCUGUGGAGUACAGAAGAACAGGUAAUGGAAAACGAGGCUAGCAGAAUCAUACAAUUCUAUAAUGUUCAUUUGGUUUAUGCCCACCCCCAUUAAUGAACAAGUGGAGCUCUCUUCUGUGAAACAUUAAUUCGUAUUUAUGACCUACUUUGUGAUUGCUUCAGAAAAAGCUUGAAUUACUACUCCUGAAGUAUCCACCAGAAGAAAUAGAAUCUCGACGAUGGCAGAAAAUAGCUGAUGAACUGGGAAACAGAACUGCGAAGCAGGUAAUAGGGAGCAACACUUGUUUGAGGUCUGUGCAGUCCAACAGGUGGGUUCUGUGCCUGUGUAAAACAAGCCAGAGAACUAGGGGUGGGUAUCCAGUCCCUGGUGCAGAAGCUUCAAGAAGUUCAACAGGUGCCUUCCUGCUCAGUUCUCUUUUCAUGGCCCCAACAGACACUCAUCUGUUGCUUUUGCUAAGAGUUGGUGUCAUUGGUUAUACAGUUUCUUCUGGAGUGGUGAGAAGAAUAGCAGUGGGUGGCAAUCAGUUUUACCUUGAACCAUAUUUUCCACAAAAUCUAUUCAAAUUAUCAAUGUGUCUCUUCCCAGUAAUGAGCUACUAUCGAAGCUAAACCUUACCAGAGUUCUUUCAUAUGAAUAGCACAGAGGCUUCAGAAUUAUAUUCCUAUAUAAUGUCCACUGAGAACCUAGUUUUUGAACACCAGUAUUAUUAGUUUGUUGUUCUUUCCAUUUAAUUAAUGAAUUAGUAGGUAUUAGCAAGAAAAAUCUGGUCCUAACCCUUCACCGCCUUGGGGGAUAUCUUCAGGAGAAGAAAAGGGUAGGGAGUGAACCCUACACAAAUCCCUAAGAUGGACAGCACUUUGUACACCUCUUUCCAACAACAACCGCAGCCAAGCUGGUGCCAAACACAUUGCCCUGCAUUCCUUUGGAUCACAUAUGCCAAGGGGGUGGAUCCUGUUGUCUGAGCAGGACCUCUAUGCACACUGCUCUGGCUUGCGCCCCAGGGAGGUCACUUAGGUGCUGCUAAUGCAGCAGUUUGACUUCAUCCCUGGAGGCGUACUCCAUUGUCUCAUGAGACUGACAGAUGCCAACAAGUUAGGUAUGCUAUCAGUGGCAAGCAUCCCCCCCCCCAAUAACCCUUUAAUGGUACCAGCUCUCUAGUAAACUUUGUCUGCAAAGUACAGUGGUACCUCGGGUUACAUACGCUUCAGGUUACACACUCCGCUAACCCAGAAAUAGUGCUUCAGGUUAAGAACUUUGCAGAAAUCGUGCUCCGGCGGCGCGGCAGCAGCAGGAGGCCCCAUUAGCUAAAGUGGUGCUUCAGGUUAAGAACAGUUUCAGCUUAAGAACGGACCUCCGGAACGAAUUAAGUACUUAACCUGAGGUACCACUGUACAUGAAAAAUGGCAAAUUUCAGAUUUUCAGGUUGUUGCAUUGCACCUAGAGUAAAAUUAUAAAUGUGUGAAAAGGAUUUUUAUCCUAGACUGAAGAAAAUCCAUCUAACUCCUUUGAUUAAAGUUAGAGUUGACUCAAUACCACUAAAUCACAAUAAAUAUGAUCUCCCAGAGUUUAUGUUGUAGUUUGAAGGCGCAUCUAGGAUAUUUUUUAUUUGAAACGUGCAUUUUCCUCACUUACUCAUUUAUUAAAUUUCUAUACCUUUCUCAAAAAGAAGCCCCAAAGCCCACAUUUUGCUGAAGAGCAAAGUACAAUUUAAUAGUACUUACCAUAUUUUCUCUUUUGUAACCAGAUUCACAAGUAAGGCAACCAAUAAUGCCCUAUGAUAUGAAUGCAAUGUAGCAUUAUAUUAGGAACUUCUAGUCCUUCCCCCUUAAGACAUUUUAUAUGUCCUAGAUCUUUUCCUGGCCACAAUACAUUCAUUAAAUAGGUUUCCUCAUAAUCUGAAAAUAUUGGUAUCCUAUUAAAUAGGAAUUUAGAGAGAAUAUUUCAUAUUUUAAAUGAUCCUGAAUUGAAUAUACAUUGUUCUGAUCUUGUUGAAGGAAGGACAGAAUGAAAAAUAAUCUGUAACCUCUUACUUUGCUAAUUUAGCAAAUUAAAAUGCUUUAUUCCAUAACUUUUUGGUAUCUCAACUGUGGCUCUGUAUGUUCACUAUUUAAUUGCUUUCAAGCACCAGCAAUAUUGGGCAGAUAUUUUAGAAAAUGGAGGUGACACAGUCUUUAUACAAGUUACAGACAAAAUUAAGUAGGAGAUUAGGGAGGAGGAGUAGAAGCAAUCUGGGAAAGUGAGUGACAAGUGGGCAAACAGAGUUCUGGAAGGGCUUUGCAAAUGAAGCUGUUCUUGAUGACAGAUUUGAAGAGGAGUGCGAAGUGUUCUUAUGAAUAGGGAAGAGGGCAUGGCUUUAAGUGUAUGGGGCAGCAUGGCAGCUAGGAACUUAUGAGUGGCACAUUUGUAAAGUAGAUAAUGUUCACUGUGUCUCUGUUAAAUGUUUAAGGUAACAUUACCAGCUGCCAUCCAUCUCUCAUGUUUUUACCUUUUUAAAUACAAAACAUAUCUUACUAAUUGGUUUUAAUGUUUAGAAUUAGUGCCUAUAUGUAUUUUUAAAAAUCUGUUUUCACUCUUUCAGGUUGCCAGCAGAGUGCAAAAGUAUUUUAUAAAACUGACUAAGGCUGGUAUUCCAGUUCCAGGCAGAACUCCAAACUUGUAUUUUUACUCCAAAAAGGUAAUUGCUAGAAUAUUUCACAUCUGUUUCUGGCAUUUAGAUAAAAAUACAUUUGUGGAAAACAUGAAUGGUGCUUUAUCAGCACAUUUUACUUGUUUGUUUGUUUGCUUGCUUGCUUGCUUGUUUGUUUGCUUGCUUGCUUGCUUUGGAAGAAAUUUUCAGAAAGAGUAGCCUCUCCAUAGUGGUCAAAGACUGCCAAAUUUCAGACUGGUCUAGGGGCUUUUGUGCUGGACACCAUUUUAUUAUGAUUAAAAAACAAAACCCCAAACAUCAGUAACUCUUUUUUUGAGGGGGGGGGGGAUUAUAUGCAAUUUGGAGACAAGAUCACCCCUUUUUAAGGAUGAAUCAUGCCAAAUUUCAGAAGGAUACCUUCAGAGGUAUCGCAUAAUGUCAGCCAUUACAAUUGUAGCAGAUGGCUUAAAAAAGGAAUCACUUCAUCUUACCUAGUGUUUUGUGGACAAUUAGACUGAAAUUUACAGACAUAGAGGUGUUCUGGGGCAAGAAAACCACCAAAUUGCAGACAAAUAGAACCAGGGGAUUUUCGGAGUUAAUCUGGGGGGAUUAAUUUUCCAGACUGACUUAUUCCCUAGUGGUAUAGAAGCAGAGGACUGGGAAAUUUUCAGCAGUGUGUCACCAGUAUGCUGUGUAUUCACAUUAAACCAUAGUUUGUUUAAAAGAUAAUGGUUUAAAGCGCACUGUUGUAUGUCUUGUUCAUGUGUGUAAUAAAACUGUACCAUUCCAACACAAAUUUAUCCAUGGCAUUUUUUUCCUUUCCCCACCUUGCUGUUUUUAGCUUACUUGUAUUUGGUUUUUCCUUUCAAUCCCUUCCCAAAAUCUGAUGAUCACCAACCUGGCUGCUACCAUUAAAUAUCCAAUGAAUGGUUUAAAGUGAACAUUCAGUGGAAUAUCAGAGCAGCAGAUCCACAGUUUCAUACCAUGCCCAGCCAGGCCUUUUCCUCACCCCCUCAACCUCUGGUGCUCCACCUCUAGGCUAGUAUGACUGAGAGGCCCUUCCUUCUGUGGAUUUGUGGAGCUUUGGGUCCUACACAGUGGCAUUUUCCCUUCUUCGUUACUUAAAUUCUGUUUUUAAACUGGUUAUUAAACGUUUUGGUUUAAAGCACCCUGUUUGCAUUGGUUCUGAAGAGCCUUGUUGAUCGCUUACACAAAUCGUUUUACUUGUGGGAUUUUGUAAAUAGCGGGAGUGUUCUAUUUCACUUAAUUACUUAAUCAGAUUUUCAGCCAGUUUUUGGCAAAACAAUUUCUUGUUUUCAGAAUUCAUCAGUGUUUUGACCAUAUGUUGUAAUAAUGUCUUUAUAAUGAAAAUUAUAAGUCAUGUGGUGGUUCUUUUUCACUGCAUUUCAAACAGCAUUUGUUUGUUGUACUCGUCAGCAGUUUGAUGUGUAUCUAAAUGGCCUGUGAAUGUCCACAGAUGUGGGCCGAGACACGGCGAGGAUGCCUUUUCCUGAUGAGUAUUCAAUUCAUGUUGAAUCUGGUUUGGGGGAAGCACAUCAAAAUGCAAUAUUUAACAAGAAACUACAUGAUAGAUAUGGAUUGUGGCUAACGCUGUUUGUAUACAGCUUCCCAAACCAAUGGUGAGAACACAUUGGAUACUGUUAAAAUGUUACGAUGGUGGUUUCUUAAUACCAUUUCAUAGAUGGUGUGUUCUUCUGUUGUAGUCCUCCAGUAGAAGGCAACAUCCUCUGAAUAAACAUCUCUUCAAGCCCUCAACUUUCAUGACAUCCCAUGAACCUCCCGUGUAUAUGGACGAAGAUGAUGACAGAUCAAGUUUUCAUAGUCAUUUAGGCAAUGCAGCAGAGGAGGAAUCAUCGGUAUAUUUUUUAUUCUAAGUAGAUGAUUAUGCAUGAAUGUGCUGAGAGUUAAGACAGCUCAAGGAAUGCCUGUGUUGAGUAAAGGAAACUCUUCAAUAUAAUAGCAACAGGUUUUCGGUGCCAAAAGUGUUGGGUAAAGGUGUAUCUGUUUAUUUUUCCUUUCCUUUCCAAACCCCCAUGCGAGAGCUGAAAAUACUUCUGCUUUAAUCUUCAGCAGCUUGGUACAUUUCUUAUGUGAUUAUUAUUAUUUAACAGACAAGGACAGAUCUUCUUUGUACAUGCAGGUCCUGCUAUCUGCCCACCCGCUAUGUGAAAAUUCAGUUAUCCAAACAUAAAGAAUUAUGCCCAAACCUUGCUAUACACACUACAGAUUCAGAUAUCCAGACAGAAGGAGUUUGCCUACUUCCUUACUUGUUUUUUGGGAAGAAACCAUGCAGGGAGGAAGUGGGGAGAUAAAUCAGGGAGCAGGAGGGAGUGGACAAACCAGUUUUCCCUUUGUCUCUUGCUGGUUGGCUGCAGCCAUUUCAGGAAGAAACUAUGGAGGGAGUGGGAGAGAGAUCAGAUAAAUCACAGAUUAGAAACGUUCCCAUAGAAAUCAUUAGAAAUUGUACUCAUUUUGUGAACGCUUGCCAAAUGAAUGAUUUCCAGAGAAUUCAUUGUGGUUGGUAAGCAGGAUAACUCAGUGUUAGAGCUUUGAAUUCACAUCCCUCAGAUACAGCUCUAUAAUUAUAAGAUGACAUUGAUUUUACUGUGAGGAUUACCUACAGUGAUUCUGUGGCAUGUAAGUGUAAGCAGUAAUCAGAUAAAGAAAUUUAUCUUCCACAACUUCUCAGCUUGGAAAUGGUUAGGUGCAGUCUUUCCAGCUUGACCAGGCACAUUGUUUUCAUUCAUGGCAUUAGUUUAUUUUCUGUCUGGAUGUUCUGCUUCUAUAAGAAAAAAGAGAACUAGGCCAUUGCUGUAGUCCUAGGGCCACUUUAGUCCAUCCCUUCUGCUUUACCCCACCUUUGUGAGCAGCCAGAGGAGGCCUUCCACUUCCCUCACAGGUGGAACCUUCCACAGCAUCUCCAAGGCUGUGAUCCUCUGUGCACUUUAUUGGGAGUAAGCCCCAUUGAACUCUGCCAUAGGGGAGAACAAAGUGUGUUGUUUUUCAGGGCUCUCUCAGCAAGACAGGUGGCUUUUUUCAGAACAUUACUUUCCUGCUUCAUCCUCUUUUCUUCUACUGCUGUUCUUACUUCCCAUGCAUUUGUACAUCCUGGACUACUUUUUAUUUUGUAAUAGGCAGCUUUGGUCAGAGAUUGUCCUGCCUACCCUGGGAAGGGAACAUAGAACAGGAGGCUGAAGAAAGCCACACAAAUCCAAGUUUAAUGUGAUUUUGUUUUAUGAGACAUCUUGAGGGCUUUUAAAGGCAAAAGGCAGAGUAAAAAUAAAUCUCAUAAACGUUCUCCUAUUCUGCACCUCAGAUUGUAAAACUGUAUUGAAGGAUUUUGUUUGCUAGGUUUAUCUUUAGUGAAAACAAAUCUGUUCUCUAUCACAUUUCAAAGAUUACAUUAGAAGUCAUGCAAUACCCUAUUAGAAUUUUUCAUUCUGUCUUGGUUGCAUCUCUGCCUUCAGGGGACAUUCUGUUUCUUCCUGUCUCAAUAGUUCUUCAAAGCUUUCCAGCCACAUUUCUCUCCUCUUCCUAGCUAUCAAAGUGUUUUUAGAGCUGAUGAAUGAAUCUGAUAACUUAAAAAUCAAGCUCAUGUUAAUUUUUAAGAGGGAGAGGGGGAAAUGUCUUUUCAGUAAUGAAGCCAUUCUAACAUUUCUAUUCUUAAAUUUUGUCUUAGAGAGCAAAAACUCACAAAAAUCCUAUUUUCCUUUAGCAUUUGUGGAUCUGCUUAAACGGUUUGGAUUCUUAAUAUUAUUCAUUCUCUCCCCCCUCCCACCCUCCUCUUUAACAGGAUGAAGAAAGUAUCCCUGUAGCAUAUCGAGAAUUACCAGAAUACAAAGAGCUGCUUGAGCUAAAAAAGCUGAAGAAGCAGAAACUGCAGCACAUGCGUGCCGAAAGUGGUUUUGUGCAACACAUAGGCUUUAAGGUUAGUAAAGCUGGAGGGUUAAGUGGGAGCUUUCCUGCCACUCCUUUAGUCAACUUGGGUGGCAGGGUCAUUGGAUUAGAACAAGCGUAGUGUUUUAGAGUAGUCCAUGCAAGAUGAGUAAAACUAAAGAGAGAUUGAGAGAAAUUAUAGCUGUUUUUGGGACCUAGCCUUCAUGUUAGAAACUGGUUAUAUUGUACCUAAGACUGUUGUAAGCUGCCCCGGGAACUGCUGGUGUAGGGUAGGUAAUAAAUUUCAUUAUCAUUACAAUUAUUUAAUCUUAAGUAAGCUUGCACUGGCAGUGACAUUUCCAAAAAAGUUUUCCCCCUUGAACAUUGUCAGAGGCGAAACAAUGAAGUUCGUAGGUGAUCCUGAGCUUUUUGUAGAGCUAGUUACCAAUAACUAUAGUAGUUGCAUUGCAACCUAGCUCAUAAUUCUGAAAGGGGAGAUGUUAGAGAAAACUGUUUAUGAUGCAAACUAGCUCUUAGGCAGCAGUUUAGCAUCGACUGCGGGUACCCAGGGUGGGUGCACGCCAGGUUGCGGUGUGUGUGUGUGUGCCAGCCUCUCCCCACACUGCCAGAGCGACCCCCACUGGAGCAAAGCAGGGCUGCACUGAGUCACCUGUCCGCCCAUGCAGGGGGGAGCCCUGCCAGCCGAUGUGGCCUUGGUGGGCAGAGAGGGGCACUGGGUUGGGCUGUGCUGGGGGUGCCUGCAUGGUCACGCCUGCUUCAUGCCGCCUCAGAAAUUGUGCUCAUGGACUCCCUGGCACACACACACCCCCCUACGCUACAGCCCUGGCUCUUAGGCACAGCAACUUAUUUCCUCUCUCUCUCAGCCAGUUAUAGUCUCCUGUGUGUUCUUUCAGUAUUGAGGGCGAGAAAAUAUUCCUUAAAUCACAACUUUUGAUGCCCUCUGUAAUCUGUAGAGACUUACAUUUUUGGAAAUUGCUUUUGGAAAUGGUUUUCCUGAGUGUUCUCUCCUGAAUCUGUUUUCAGUGCGAUAACUGUGGAAUCGAUCCCAUUCAAGGCAUUCGGUGGCACUGCCGAGACUGCCCUCCAGAAAUGUCUUUGGAUUUCUGUGAUUCUUGUUCUGACUGGUAAGCAACAUGCAUCUAUGACAAUUACUAACAAUAAGCUUAAGACGGAAAUCCGAUGCAUGCUUUUCUCAGUGGGUCUUGAUCUCUGAGUAGAGGACUAAAAUCACAUGUAAUUUCUCCCCCUCCCCCAAUUUAAAUCAUGAUAUGAAAUGCAUACCAGAAAGUUAUAUAAAUUUGCUGAGGAUAAAAUAUUGUAUGCAUCGGGUAUAAUUAUGAUAUUUUGUAGGGCAUUUUUGACAAAUGUUUAGUGUGAGAAUUUUUGACAAAUGGAAUACACCCAUGGAUUUCUUUGUGCGGAAUUUCAUACUUAUCAAAUAAUGCUUCUUCCUUUUCUUUCAGUCUGCAUGAAACAGACAUUCACAAGGAAAGUCACCGAUUGGAGCCUAUGUACAGAGCAGAAAUGUUCUUAGAUAGAGACUACUGUAUGUCCCAAGGCCCCACUUAUAAUUACCUUGACCCCAACUACUUUCCUGCAAAUAGAUGA